AUGGAAAAGGUCUACAAAGAAAAUGAACGAAAGCCAGAAAAUGAAGGAAACUUCAAAAAUGAGGGAAAGCCAGAAGACGAAGUAGAUACAGAAGAUGAAGGAAAAUCAGAUGAGGAAGAAAAGCUGGAAGUGGAGGGGAAGCCAGGGCAUGAGGGAAAGCUCCAGAAUGAGGGACAGCCAGAUGAUGAGGGACAACCAGAAGACGAGAAAAAGCAAGAAAAGCAGGGCAAGUCUGAAAAUGAGGGAAAACCACACAGUGAGGGCAAGCCAGAAUCCCUGGCAAAGGCUGAGAGUGAGUCGCGGGCUGCCGAAAAGCGCCCAGCUGAAGAUUAUGUGCCUAGGAAAGCAAAAAGAAAAACGGACAGGGGGACAGACGAUUCCCCCAAGGACUAUCAGGAGGACUUUCAGGAAAGGCACUUGGGCAGUGAGGAGAUGAUGAGAGAAUGUGGAGAUGUGUCAAGGGCUCAGGAAGAGCUAAGGAAAAAACAGAAAAUGGGUGGUUUUCAUUGGAUGCAAAGAGAUGUACAGGAUCCCUUUGCCCCAAGGGGGCAACGGGGUGUCAGAGGAAUGAGGGGCGGAGGUAGGGGCCAGAAGGACUUAGAAGAUGUCCCAUAUGUUUAA